ACCCACACACAAACAUGGCGCGUCGGUCUACCUCUCUCUCUUUCUCUCUGUCGUUUUCUACUCCGCCGCGAGCCGUUGACACGGCUAGUACCUCGCGCCGCCACCGGCGCGCGACGUGGCGCUGCGUCUCUCGCCCUGGCGCCAUCGUGUUAGGUUAUCGUCACUGCGCCGAGUUCAGCCGAGUCGGUGAGGCGGACCACAGUUCGCUCUCCGCAGCUCAUCGCAUCGCUACGAGGUGGAUCGCGUUCUCGUGCGCGCGCGCGCGUGUGUGAGCAUAUAUACGCGAGCCGUUAACCCCGAUCGUGCGAACUCGCGUGUACCAGCGCGGACUGUGUGCCGGGGAUUAGUGAGCGAGGAUAAGAGAAACGGUGACGUCGAUCGACGGAAGGUGUGCUCCUCCGAUCUCUCGCCGACGUCGGGGCGAGAGAUCCGCGGACCGCGCGCGAACUCAAAACGGACGAAUCGCGCGACACAUGAGGAGGAGGCGAACUCGCGCCGCGAGUUCGGACGCAGGGCAAGCAGCCAGCGGCACUCUACCAGCGGCGAAUGCAGCUUCGGGAUCGUCGUCUGCGGCCGCGGCCGGCCGCCACGCAUCGACAGACAUGACGCGAUGAUCGUCGAGGCAUCCGGUGCAUCCGCCCUGACUGCUCCACCACGCCGUCGCCACCGCUGCCGCCGUCGCCGUCGCCGCCGCCGUCGAUCGCGUCCUCCGCCCGCGUUCUCCUCGCUCUCCUCUCAGUGUGCACCUCUGUGUCUCUCUCUUUCUCUGUCUCUCUUCUACCUUUCUUUCUCUCGCGCGACCGUGCGGGCCCGCGACACGCACGGGUCCCCGGAGAGUAGUGUGACGGAUAAGUUUUCGCCAACGUAAGCUCGCCAGCCGGGAAUCAUGGAUCGUGUGCACGGGCUUCUAGUUAGUGACCUCGGCCAGGAGGAUAACGCCGGAACGUCGGCAGUCAGCGUGCUCUCUUCGACGAAGAUCCCCCGACUGAACCACGAAUCAUUGGAGUCUCAAGCCAGCGCCAAGUCGACAUUUCUUUCGACACGGCAUCACCGAAUCACCGCAAAGCAGUCCAAGCUGGAUUUCAUCGUUUCCAGAGCGCGUUCGAGCAAUCAGCAAAGAGAUGGAUGGCGUCAGGAAACUGGCGAGACAUCGCGGCGCAGUUUCACGAUGAUUGGCGUUCUCCAUCUGCUCAUCCUGGUUGGCCUGUUCGCCUUCGGUACAGCCGAAGCAAGGACCUUCUGCCCUAACGGUUGCACCUGCGACGAUGACACUCUGGUGGUCUCCUGCGUGGGCGCCAACCUGGACGUUAUACCGAUCGCGCUGAAUCCCAGCAUACAGCGGAUAGUGUUGAAGGAAAAUCGCAUCAAGAUCGUGGAUGCGGCGGCCUUCCAAUUCUAUGGCGAUUUGAAGAACGUUGACCUCUCGAGCAACCACCUGUUCACCAUACCUAACGGCAGUUUUGAUGCCCAGCGACACUUGGUGGAGCUCCAUCUUAAGCACAACAAGAUCUCGGCGUUAACCGAGAAGACAUUCCAGGGUCUCAAAUCCCUUACGGUGUUGAAUCUGCGGGACAAUUAUCUGGAGACGCUGAAGAGCGGCUUGUUCGCCUACCUGCCGAAGCUCGAGGAGCUCGAUCUCGGCCAAAAUCGCAUAUCGAAAGUGGAGCCAGGCGCAUUCCAGAAGCUGGGUACCCUGCGAGUGCUUUAUCUUGACGACAACCAGCUAAGGACAAUUCCAUCACCAGCAUUGGCUCCCUUAAAUGCCCUCGCCGAGCUUCACAUUGGCUGGAACGCGUUUUCCUCGCUGCCAGAUGACGCGUUCAAGGGUCUCGAGCAGCUCGCGGUGCUGGACAUCAUGGGUGCUGGAUUGGACAACAUCAGCGAUGGCGCAUUUCGUGGUCUGAAUGCUCUCCGUACCUUGAAACUGGGCGCCAACAAGCUCCGCGAGGUACCGACGAAGCAGCUAGCGGUACUGCCACGUCUCGAAGAACUCACUCUAGGGCAGAACUUCUUCACGAUACUGCGCUCCGGUGCCUUCCAGGGUCUGUCGACACUGAAGAAGCUCGACGUAUCCGGCGCCAAAUUGCUGACUACCGUGGAAAAGGGCGCCUUCUCGGACAACGGCAACUUGGAGACUCUUGUGUUGAACAGUAACAAACGACUGGCUACAAUGGAGGACGGAUCUCUGGCUGGCUUGCCGAAUCUGAGGCAUCUGAUGUUGCGCGACAACGCCUUCGCCACGUUCUCGGAAUCGCUGGUAGCCUGGAACGAGCUACGUCGAUUGGAUCUCAGCGAGAACCCGUUGGUGUGCGACUGCAGUCAGCUCUGGCUGGCCGAGGUUCUGGUGCCGCGCAACUCGAGUCCGGUGAUAUGCGCCGAGCCGGCCGAGUCCAAGGGUAAGCCCAUAAAGGGCAUGACGCCUGACGAGCUGGGCUGCGCCUUCUCGGAUCCACGCAAACAGGCUCUGCUGGCGACGGUGUGCGCCACCGGGUUAGCCCUUCUCGCUGGUCUCGCUUUGAUUCUGUACUACCGGUGCCGCAGACGCGUGCGGGACGCGCUGAAGGAUUACAAGUGGAAGAACCGCGCGAUAUCGCGGAAGGAGCACGAGUACCAGAAGACCUUCUCCGACGACGAGUACAGCGUGCGCUCGGCGCACGCUCAUCAUCACCAUCACCACCAGUCACCGCAAUCGCCACCGGUGCCGGUGCACCAUCAUCACCAUCAUCUGCAGCAGCAGUUGCAGCAGCAACAGCAGCAGCAGCAGCAGCACGGACAGAUCGUGGCCGGCAUCAAGCCGAUACCAGUGACGGAACUUACCACCCUCGCCGAGGGCUUCACCUACAUCGACGGCGAGACGGCGCGCCAGAUGCGCCGCCCGGGAACGCUGCCCGUCGCGAAUAACGUGUCCGGCCACCGCGGAGGAGUCGGUGGAGGAGGAGGUGUCCGAGGCAUCGUGGACGACGGCACGGCGUCGUUGAGCGCCGCACCGGUCGACAGGCUCGCGUCCACCGGUGCGAGAUCACAUUAUUCCAGUCACUCUCUGCGCCGCACGCCGCAUUCGCAGCCGCAGCUCUCAGCCAGGGACGCGGACGACCGGAUGCGGGCGAUGGAGCCCGGCCUCGUUCAAAACGGGGUUCCGGCCGAUGGUCGCCAUCAGCCGUCGCCGCCGCCGUUGCCCUCCAGGCAUCAGCCCACUUGCGGCCAGUCCUCGUACCCCACCCUGCCGGUCAACGGCCACGCCGCUCAUCACUAUCAUCAUCACGCGAGGGAACGCGAGAAGGACAGGUCGUCGGCUCGUGAGCGGAACCGCGAACGAGAUGGUCCUCCGCCGCCUCCGUUGCCGGUCACGUCGCACCGGUCCGACAAGCACCGGGAGGUCCAGAUGGAGAUGGAGCUGCGCGAGAGCCUCGACAUAAGUGGCAUCGGGACGUAUCGAGCGUAGACGAGCGUCGAUUGACCGAUGGUCGCGUCACGUUGCAGAUCAAGAAGACGAAAAACAAGAUCCGUAAUUCAUAAGUGACACAAUCGCGCGAUCGCGUGGUCUUUUCCGCGUUGUUUCACGUGCAAAGCAGAGAAUUCAAACGACUGGAAAAUCAGUCGAGCUAGAUUAAGCAGUAGAAAGACUGAAGUUCCGAUGUUAUCGCGAUGCACAGAACCGGUGAAAAACGAACGAGGGGAAAACUAAGUAAACGAACUUGACGAAGAAGAAUAUCAAGCAGCGAAUAUCAAGAAAGCGAGCGUAAUCGCCAUAUCGCUAUAAUAAGCGCAGUCGGCAGUCUAUUCAGGACAUCUAUUUAUAUAUGAUUGACACAUCGAUGUGGUCGUGGAUCGACCAUCGUCUUCGAUAUGGCAGCGACGUCGCAGAUAGUGGAGGCACUUCAGUUUGAGCUUUCGGAGGGAUGAAAACGGAGGGAUUGAACAUCGACGUUAUCCAAGAUUUCUGAAAGCUGACAGCUCCGGAACUUACAAGGUUCCGAGCAAUGCACGAUUGGAACCAGGAUGCGAAGAAGAUUCUUCUCCGAUUGCGUAGAUUACAUUCCUCACAUUUGGGAAACGCUGUCCUCAAGUUUUAUUCUUCGAAUUUGUUUUAAGUGCUUUCGUGCUUUCUUUUAAUCUUCGUAUUUAAUUUAAUGUGUAACGUUAAGCGUUAAGUAUAUCUGCAAAAGAUAUCAUUUUUCCGGAACGAGAUAACAUUUCGAAUAUCACGUGAAGCAUCAGCCUUAAACAGUUCUUAGUAAGGCUACUUUCUCGCGUAACUACUGGAGGGCUAGUAUCCUCUAACUUCACUACGGAGAGUCGUCUCAUGAAUUUCGGGGAAUAUCCAGCGAAAUGACUUUCGCCAGGAUUUUUCUCCGGCUUAUCACUGAUGACCACGAGAUUAGCAAUGUCAAGAAUGAGUGAUGCUAAACGGAAAUCCCUCGCGGGUGGAUAACCUGCGAGCAGACAGGGUCGGCUCACGAUCCUCCCCGGAAACGACGGGCCAUCAGCCACGUGGAGCCUGUUGUUCCAUGUGAUAUAUAUAUAUAUACAUAAACGUACACAUAACGCGUAAAAGUACCGUGUACGCGGUCGACCACUUGACGAUCGUGCCGAGGCCGCCGAGCUUGAUCGAAAUUGAAGUUCGAUAGCGCAUGGUCUACGGCGAGUUACUCUCGCCGAGAGAUCCGGAUACAAGAGAGAGAGCCUAGCGAGCCGCGGCUCGAACGCACCGCAGAGGGUGGUUUGAAAGCAACUCGUCGGGAUCCAUCGAUCGAAAUUGCUCGAUCGUUUUACUCGAGGCAACGGGACAAUUCAUAGUCGCGCAAGGCAAAAGGGUGUAUCAUAAGCAAAGAGAUGAGACCGUGCUAGGCAUACGUAGGACUGCAGCUAUAUAAAAAUAUACAUAUACAGAUAUAUAUAUAAAUAAAAAAAUUAUAUAUAUAUACAUAAAUUAUAUAUAUAUUCUAAACGGUCGAAUUAUUUUCGAAAUAAAGACUCCAAUGUACAGUGGCACGGCGGAGACGGUAUAGUCGAGCCGAUGCCACGCGUCCUCGACUAUCGUAACUUUAAGGAACUUAACUUUAGAUCGCCGUAGAGUUUUUCCGUCGGAUACCCGCUUACCAAUGGGGAAGAGGUAAAGGGAAUCUCGGUGAGCGGGUACCCGUGUGCGAUUUAUAAAAAUUAAUCCCUCGCAUGCAGAGAGAUCGCGGGGUGGAGAAACUAUCAAAAACGAUAUCGCGCGCGCGAGUUAAGCGGUACGAGGAGUUUUCUUUUUCUGGUCUGGUGUGCGAGACCGUGCAAGCAAUUUAACCAUACGAAGGUUUACGCUGUUAGGGAACCGCGCUGGUUUCUGAACGCGAGUGUCGCCCUUCGUUCUAGCGGAUGGGUGUCCUUGUGCCGUCACACUGUCGCAUGUUUCGCCGAAUGAUAGAUAAAUGUGUCGUUGUUUUUACAGUUUUUCCAACUUCAAUCUUGUUUCGAGGAACGUCUUACGUGGCCUUUCAACGCCGCGGAUUCCACUCGAGAACGGAAUCGAUCUAUCUUGCCGGUGUCAGGAUCUUAAUCCGCGCGAGAAGAACCGCAUCUCAUCGCGUCCUCGCGAUAGCGAUGGCACGAAGAGAUCUUGGCCCGCCUCCUUCGAGUCACGUUACCCGAAUCGCGUUUUAAUUGUUAUUAAAUGAGCGCUCGCCACGUGGAUAUCUUUCGGGGGGGAGGGGGGGGGGGCACUUUUACUCUCGAUAUUACGCACGGGGCAAUUCCCGCGGCGGUGUGCGGCGUGCAUCGGGAAUCCCGCGACCCCGAUAAAUCGCGAGGACAUUAAAAUGCACGGGGCGCGGCCGAGUUUAAGUUGGUUUCUCGAGUGACAUAAUGGCUACGGUGGAGAAAGGGAGAGAAUGAGAGAGUCAGGGAGGAACCGGAGAACGAGGCGAGGUAUAGCGAGGAUGUACUUUACGAAACGAGAUUAUUUUUCCGCCCGAGUGUACCCGGUGGAAUUCCACGGUCACCCGGCCUGAGAAAGGUGACUGCACCUUGAAUCGACUCCGGCGGCGGUGGCGGUGCAGCGCGAUCCAGCCGCUCGCUUCUGCCGCUUCUGGGCGUGGAGAGAGAAAGAGACAGAGAGAGAGAAAGAGAGUAGCAGAAUCUCUGGUGGAAUCUGCGAAACGAGCACGAAGAUCAGACUCGAAGCAUUGACUCGUUGGCAAGGCGGAAAUCGGACGGAGAUUGGACGCGUUUACUAUUUGCGAAGACGCGUGUCGCGGCUUUUAUGCGCUCGGACCCCAUCUCCGAAAUAUCGUCAUUACUUCCGGCAGUCUCUUUCGGUAAACUUUUCGUCGGCAAUAAUGCAAGACGUAUCGCGAAGGCGGAUUUGUUCCUUUCGAAAAAAGUUGCGAGCUAAAUACGGCAGAGAUUUGAUUUACAAGAUUGCACGUUAAACGGAACGACGUGCUCGAAUUGCUACGAAAUAAAUGUCGCUGAAUAAAACACCGCCGCGCGCGAUGCCAGGUACCGAGCAUGAUUUAUCGGGGGAGAGAUUACGGAUGCAUCUCGAAUGGCGAAGAAAUGGAUAUGCUGCGAGUGAAAGUUACCAUCGAUAAUGGAGUAAACCGCCGUUCGGUACUGGCGAAGGAAGAGAUAUUGCAGCUCUAUUUUUAGGUAUAACCACGUAGAAUAUCCCUCUUCUCUCCCGUGGAUGCAUUUGCACAUGUCUCAAGGACACUCAUCCUUGCUCGGGAAGCCCUUCCCACCCCGUUCACGCCAUUUGGCAACUUUAUUAUUUGAUAUGCGACGCGAAUUUGUCGGAUGAAGCGCGAUUUAUGGCGUUCGACUACGUUCCUGCGAGAUAGGAUUAAACGUACUUGUCACAGUUCACUUAAUAGAUCGAAUCGCGAAAGGAAAGUAUCCUUUUACCGUCUAAAAAGAUUUGGCCGUCAAGUUAUCGAGAAGGUUGGAUAAAGGUGGACUUUUCUAAGAUCGUGAUUCAUGUAAGUUUUAUUUAAGUUUCCAAUAUCGGCGUCUCGAUAAUCGAAGUAUACGUCGGUGAUACGAUGGUUUUGUAAACAUUCCGUGCUACAAUGCGCUUCGAGGAGGCGAGCGACCCAAACCGCUGAAAAAUAUACCAACAAUAAUCCACGUGUUCACGAAAUAUCGAACAAGCUAUUCCUAGACGUAAGUUCGACGCAAAAUCAAAUCUGUUUCUCGUAAAAUAAAUAACGUCACCAGGAAUCUGGGAAAAGAUUUUACAAUAUUAUUUCUGCUCAACUAUUGACUGCCACGAAGAAAAGCCAACAUUGUUAUCACUGCAUCGUUGCAAGGCAUAAACGUAUGCGGCACGAUUUAUUAAUUUUACAUUUUACUGUAACAGUUUUUAAUAUCUUACAGAUGCUAAAUCUCGAUAUCCACGCAAUCGAUAUCGAUGACUGCUAUAAAUUCGCGAGUAUUUGCGUUAUGAGCACUGCACUUGAAUCGAAUUUUGCAGAAAAACAUGUAAAGGUGAUCCCUCAUAGCGAUAUACAAGUAAUAUUUCAAGUUUCUUUAUGAUUAUAUAUACGGUUGUGCAUUUACAUGUUACUAUAUUUAGAUACACGAAAACAUUGCAUGCUGCUGCGCUGUACAUUAGAGAACCGAUGUAACGUGUGUUUCAUGACGCGAACACUCGUGAAUCACUGCACUAGACGCGGCAGAGCAGAAUUUCGCUCUAUAAUGUCGAAAUGUCGAGAGAGAGAGAGAGAGAGAAGCAGAGUAUAGCAGUAUGUUUAAUUCCGUAAGUUCGAAAACCGAUCGAAAUAUCCCAGGAAACUUUGCGAAUUUUCGCUCGACUCUACCCUCGUCGAACUCUACAAACCGAGAGCAAAUCAAGGGGCUUCUUUACGGAAAGCGCGAUAUAACGUUUGUAGUACCCCGAGCGGCGGUCCAAUAAAAGCCCCCUUCUCGAGAGAGAUAGAGAGACGAACGGUAAUUCCAUGUUCUCUAAAACAUGUUAACUAAAAUACAGCAUUGUUCAUGACGAUUCCUCAAGCGCGACUCCUUUGUUGUACAUUCUUAUGUUAUAAUUGAUAAAAGACACGGCGAUAUUCGUACAGCGAAGAAGCAUUUUGCAUGCAUCUUUCAAGAGAUGCGAAACGUUAUUUGCGCCAAAUUGUCAUUUUAAUGAGAAUUUCUCUCACUUUUUGAUGUAAAGAAGAAUUAAUAAAAGCGCUUACAAAUUGCGACGUGGAUAUUUCGAAACUAUCGAGUGAAAAAACGUCUAAAAUACAUUUUAUGAGGAUUCUCAUUAAAAUGACGGUACUGUUUACUAUUUAUAUUUUUCGUGUAAUUCGUGUAAAUUAUGAUGCGUUUUCUAUUUAAUCCCUAGUAAAUUUGCGAUCUUGCGAUAUUGUCGAGAAAAGUUAACAGCGUAGACCGCAACCAGCGCACGAAGAACACCUAAGUUCUAUUAUAUUUUUUCAUAUGUACGAUCGAUUCGGGAUUUCCCUCGUGAUUUGCGAUCCCGGUUUAUUCUACGAUUCCGAGACAAGGCAACGGAUUUUAAAUUUUAAGUAGUGCAUUUGUAAUUAAAAUGCAUUGUAAAUGUUGGGGUUCAAGUAUCAUAGGUAGUUCAGGGCAGAAGAGAAUAUUAAAAAACCGUCGUGAUAGAAGUGGAACGGCGAAAAAGUGUAUAUUUUACAAGUGUAUAUGAUCAUACGAAAAAAAAAAAAAAAAACACCAGUGUAACAUUAUAUCGUAUCGCUAGUCAGUCGACGCGUUCUGGAAAAGAAAAGGAAGAAAAGAGAGGAUACAGGUGAGCGAAGCGCAUAUAGAAAGGGAGGAUCGUUUGGACGAUCGGCUAAAUUAAUUGAGAUAUUAAAUUAUUGUACAAAAUUGAGCGCCGGUAGUUCAUAAGGCCUAUUAUAUCGUUUCUCCGUAUCGUAUCGAUUACGCACGAUACGCGCUCGCAAAGUGCCGCGGCACAAUGAAAUGUAUGAAUGAAGAUGUAAAAACGCGCAAUUUCAAUGUAAGCCCGAAUCGCCCUUUAGUUUAGAGCAGAUUCAUAUUUGUUCAUGCUUUUCAUAAAAAUGCAACUAGAAAUGUGAAAAAAUCCAAUUACCAUGAAAAUGAGAAUAUUAAUCGAUCACGAUGUGAUGCAGAACCGUUUCAUCUGUCAUGCGUUUCAUCUGUCUUAAUACCGUGUCGAUUUCUUCUCGAAAUGCAUUGUUUUCAUUUUAGCGCAGUGUCAUAAGUACUUUAUUCACACAUAUCUCGUAUCUUACUCUUAUCUCAUUGUGACGCGGCUCCCUUUCCUCAAAGUCGGCGCCGUGUCAAAGGGCGCGCGCCCACCACCUCUCAUCUCAUAUCUAUCAUAACACACGACUCAUCCGGGUUCCUUCUGCCGUUCGAGAGAUAAGCUCGAGUUCUGCCAUUCGGCCGCGAGCUCGCGAAACGCUGUUAUCGGGCGACGACAGGGACGUCGAUUGACGAAUUCCGCGUACUUGGCGCAAUGCAAUCUCUCGGCGGAGGUGUGCCAGAUUGGUGCAACACCGACGUUUAUCGGUAUUCAUCCUCUCGAUAAACUUAGUAUCAAUACGCGCUCUAUGUGCGCGUCAUUGUGAUCACGAUUCCCGGAUGUGCGCACGAUAACGGGAACUUGCGGCGUGAAGGCAGACGUAACAGUUAAUCCUCCGUGGUUUCACUGGCUUUCGAGCCUGAUAUCAGUGUUACAAUACACAAGGCAAAUUAAAAUCUUUUUGUAAAAUUUGCUCACAUUGAUUCACUGAACAGCGUCAAUUAACGAGAAUGUUCUUUAAAACAUUAUAUAAAUUAGUUUUAAAAUUAAACACACAUCGCAGCGAUUUUUCUUUUGCAGAACGUACAGGUUCACGAGAUGAGAGUAUGUUGUUCCCUAUUGUGUGCUUAUAUGGUUUGUUAAUUGGAUUCAAUUUGUAGGAAAAACUAAUUUCACCCACGGAGGAUUCAUAGAUGGUUAAGCGGGUUUACCUUCGCUGAUAAUACCGCAUAUAUCGAGUUUGAACGACCUAAUUUGAAAUUGUGAUAUGCGUAUAAUACAGUUUAUUCGCACAGGCGGGCUGUGCGAGAAAGUAUGAGUUUCAUCGAGUGAACCGAACGGUAUCCACAUUCCAUAUGGGGGAUCGUAUAUUAUUAGAGUGAGAUAUUUCGCGCUUCUCUCCAGGAUGGCGGAACUUAAAGCUUCUUCUAUCGACCGAUAUCUUUAGGCGAUUGUAAUGUAGAGAGGGGUGAUCUUCUUCGAUCCCGUCUCUGUGCACUUUAGAUUUCGGAAGACGAUAAUAGAGAAUCGGGAUCCGUUUCCGAGAUUUGAUCGUCGGACGAGCUGACACGCAUACACACGUAUAGAUACGCACACGAUACCCUAAUCUCAUCCACACAGCGCGCACACCACACACUGUACAUUCGUGUAAAGUAUAGCGGGAGAGCCUUAUUGAAAAAGCAAUAUGCAUCCUUGAAUUGCUUAAAGCGUUUCAAAGCUGCUAAUCUAUCGAUUAAUUCCUACACUAAGGGGACAGGAAGGAGACAAUCUUCUUCCGGCGAACGACGGAAACUCGAUGACCGCGGCUCGUUUCGCGAUCGCCGAGGCGCCGAAUUCGCGCGAGAGGAAUAGAGAAGCUGCGACCCACGGAUAACACGCGCGCGCACGAUUCGGGGUUCAUCGCAAAGAUCUUCCCUCAAAUUUCGAGCACAUUGCUACUGCAGAUACGGCGCGCGUUCAGCUCGGAGGUAUCUUCUCCUAAUUUUCCUCGAAUUUUCCGAAAGCGUUGUAGAAAUUUACAAAACCAGCUACGCCAAUUGCCCGAAACAAAUUAAAGCAGCGAUAGAAGAGCGCAUUCACCUACGCAAUGGUAAAAUGGAGUUGACAGAACAAGUUUAAUUACUGAGCGGAGCUCCCGUUCACCGAGGGGUCUCUGCGAAAAUUCGUUCGCAAUAAAAAGCACGCCGCGGCUGAAAAAGUUGGAGAACCACCAUACCAUGUACAUACCUGAGGCACGUUAAACCGCAUUUCCUCUGUGCAGAUCGGGCAAAGGCCGAACGCGUUCGUAAGUCGCGCACUAAAGUAAGUCGGUGAACAUCUGUAUCGGAAAAUUCUCAGGGAAAAUUCAGAAAAGGUCCCUUCGAGCUAGGGCGUGCACUUCCGCGCGGCAGCCGCGAUCGAAGUUUGCGGGGGAAGUUUCACGAUCGUUCCGAACGGUCGUUACUUCAAGAGCGUUUCAUGUGCGAACGCGGAUCCCCGUAGCGUUUGUUACAUCGGUAGCUGCUCAUUGCGUCCGGGAGCGGCAUUUCUGGACCUUGGUACGCAAACUUGGCCACGGUGCGGCACGGCGUUUCCAUUAAACGACCGUGUCAAGCUUCGACGGGCAAUCCAGGUCGGCAGGGAGAAAGAAAGAGAGAGAGAGAAACAGAAUGGUUAUCACUUGGAUCAUGAUCACAUAUACUGAUCACUAGCCGUUUUCGCUGUCGCGGACUAACCGCGAGGCCGUCAAUGUCGUUAUACCGUGGGCACAAAGGUAGAAAAGCCUCCCCGACUUCGUUGUAAAUACACCCCUUUCCCUCCUUGUUCUCCGGAGGCAACGAUCCGCGUCCUGGCCGCGCGUUCAGCCGCUAGAUGCUAGGUGUUAUCAUCAUCGGCCCUGCAACCCCUUAUCGACCCUUGCAACGCGAUCCUUGUAACGAAUAGACGGAAGUCCAAAUAAUUCUCGGCGUAACCGUGAGGCAAUUCCGAGCCGGACACGGUCUCGUGUUCGGGCGUUAAACGCGGCGCUAAAUGCGACUGCCUGAUCAUCUCAUCUCGUCGAAUCCAGGAUGCCUCUUGGCUUGAACGAGUCGAAUUCCGCUCGGAUGGCACGCAUUUAGCGACGAGCGCACACGUGUCCGUCCUAAGUGCGGCGGUCAUCGUCGGAUCUUCCUCAUUUCACCGCAAACGCAGUCCUAUCAGGCGGAAUAAAUCCAUCGGAUGACUGAGUACAUAUACAUAUAUAGAUCCAGCAGCUGAACGCGACGCGGCGGGACGCGGGGCGACGCACAUUACGAAAUCGCAUUCAUCGCCUAUACUCGAUUUUCUCCUCUACUUAUCGAAUCUUUUUCAUUGAGCUGUAUGUACCAUAAGGGCGGGCCCGCGCGAGGCGUUGCGUCUCGCCGAAUUCCCUCCCGCGGUCUUCUUUUCGUUCUCCUUCCGGUGGAGGAGCCGAUCCGAUCAAUGAUCGGCUAGUGUAAAUAUUAUUGUCGCGUGUGGAGGAACCGGGGAGAAAAGAAGACGAGCGAGAGAAGCGCAUCGCGCUCGUCAUCGCCGUCGUUUCUCGGCGUGGAAAAAAGAUGAGCGAACGUACUGACUCGUCGAAUCGAGCGAAGAGAAGGCUGUUUCUCUUUCGAGAGAAAGAGAGCCUGUAGGCCAUAACACAGGUCAUUCAUAAUAUUAAUAAUAAUAGUAAUAAUAAUAAUAAUAAUGAUGAUAUUAAUACUAAUAGGGAUAUUCCAGUGUUAUUUUGUACAUAAACGACUUUAUCAACGGAUAUUAUAUAAGAAGUCAUCAAUAAAUCUAUAUAUAAAAAAAUA